AUGGCCGAGAACGUUCUGGACUCUGGCCCGCCUUCAGCCAAAAGGCCUAAACUCUCUUCUCCAGCUCUGUCCGCCUCCGCCAGCGAUGGAAACGAUUUCGGCUCGCUGUUUGACCUGGAGCACGAUCUUCCAGAUGAGCUCAUCAGUUCAAACGAACCAAGCCUCAUCAACGGUGGGGAUGUCAACCAGUUGCACACCACUCUGGGAGGCACAGGCGGCAUGGGUCCUGGGGCUGGAGGAAUGGGCCUCGGCUCUGCAGGGGUCCAAGGCAGUGGUCAGGAUGCUGUUGCCAAGCACAAGCAACUUUCUGAGUUAUUACGAUCAGGAGCCCCACCUCCAUCCCAACAGGGACAUCCAAUGAGCGGCCCUGGGGGUCCUGCUGCCAUGAGCCAGCACUUAGCAAACAUGAAGGCAUCACCAGGUCCAGGGGCUCAGCAGAUGAUGGGCCUGUCUCCUCAGCAGCAGGCCACCCUGAUGCAGCAGCAGAACGCUGGGAUGAUGGGAGGUAUGAACCGGGCGAUGAUGGCAGCACAGCAAAAGGCCAAUAAUGGACAGCAGCCUGGCAUGAUGGCAAACCAGGUGAAUGGAUCUCCUCGCAUGGGAUUUGUUAACCAGGGCAUGGGCAGCAACAGCAACCUGCUGGCAGAGACACUACAGGGAGCAGCAGGAAUGAGAGGCCAGACACCAGGAGCCCUCAACAAGAUGGGGAUGAUGGGGGCUUCUGGUGGGCCCUUUGGUGGUCCUUAUGCAGGACAAGGGAACCAAGGCAUGGGAAGUGCAGGGCUGGGCCCUCAGAUGCAGAACAAAGGUCCCAUGGCAAACUUGGCCCAGUUUGGUGUGGAUAAGAAAAACUCCCCGAUGCAAUCAAUGGCAGCUAUGGGGGCUCAGCAGACGCAAGCAGGGUUGGGGGGUACCCCUGGUACCCCAGUAGGACCCACUGGGAUUGUGCCCGGAGCACAAGCCACUUUGGUGGGUCCAGGCGCCCAGGUUUCAGCUGCAUCUGCUGCUGCAGGAGCUCCGCCCACAGCGGAUCCAGAGAAGCGCAAACUUAUACAGCAACAACUGGUGCUGCUGCUGCAUGCACACAAGUGCCAGCGCCGGGAACAGGCCAAUGGAGAAGUCCGGCAAUGCAACCUGCCCCACUGUCGCACCAUGAAGAACGUCCUCAAUCACAUGACUCACUGCCAGGCUGGAAAAUCCUGUCAAGUGGCUCACUGUGCAUCCUCGCGGCAGAUCAUCUCGCAUUGGAAGAACUGCACCCGACACGACUGUCCUGUGUGUCUGCCGCUGAAGAACGCUGGGGACAAGAGGAACCCGCAGUGUGAGUCUCUUCUUGCGGGGGCUGCUGCAGGUUUGAGCAGUUCUCUUGGUGCAGUUCCUGGUGGUCAGCCCAGUACGCCCAACCUCAACCCUCCAAACCAAAUAGACCCCAGUUCUAUUGAGCGAGCCUACCAAGCCCUGGGUCUGCCCUACCAAGGCAACCAGAUCCAGCCUCAAACGUCCCAGACCAGCAUGCCCAACCAGGGUCUGCCGGGGCAGCCGGGCAUGCGGCCGCUCAAUUCCAUGGGCCCAAAUCCAAUGGGAGUUAAUGGUGGUGUCGGAACUGCUGCUCAGAAUCAGCAAUCCAGCUUGCUUCAAGACACUAUGAUGCAUCUAAAUGUGAACAGCCAAGGACUUCUGAAUGAUGCAAGUGGGGUUGGAUCUAUGCCUACAGCUGGCCCUCCCUCCGCCUCUGGCAUGAGGAAAAGCUGGCAUGAGGACAUCACACAAGACCUACGAAACCACUUGGUUCACAAACUUGUGCAGGCAAUCUUUCCAACUCCAGAUCCUGCUGCACUGAAGGACCGGCGCAUGGAAAACCUUGUGGCAUAUGCCCGAAAAGUAGAGGGGGACAUGUAUGAAUCCGCCAACACCAGAGCUGAGUACUAUCACCUGCUCGCAGAGAAGAUCUACAAGAUCCAGAAGGAACUGGAGGAGAAGAGACGGACUCGCCUCCAAAAGCAGGGUUUGGGUCUUGGACCAGGGGGUAUGGGUCAGCCUCCAACAGGACUACCUCCAAAUGGCCCUCUUUCUGACCCAUUAAUGGUGCGAGCCACUGGACCUAAUCCGAUGAACAGGCUGCAAGGACCAGGUUUGAAUCAGUUCAAUCAAAUGGGCAUGCCUACUUUGGGACAGAGGUCCACCCCUCCUUUGCAAAUGAGUGCUCCAGGAAAUCAGAUGAGGAUGGGCCAACCCAAUGUAAACCAACUUCAAAAUCAAUACAUGUCGCAAGGGCCGUUCCCUGGCUCAGGUCCUGGUGUGGGUGCUGUCCAACCUGGAAUGGCUCAGCCCGGUACACCGGCAGGAAUGGGACAGACGCAGAUGGGCACUCCUCCUUCUCUUCCAGUAUCUAGUCCUCUCACACAGCCAGGCUCAGUGGGUCCCAGUGGUGCCUCCACAGUGGGAUCUCUGGGUCCACAGAGUGUUGGCAGUGCACACCCUGCUCCUUCGAUGACUCCCAAUACAAAUCAGCAACCCAACGCUCUCCCUCAUCUGGGGGCCAUGCGAGGCAGCUCUCCUUCCCCCGCACAUAGCCGCUCCCCUACCCCUCAUCAGACGCCUCCCAGGAUACCUGGGUCCCAAACCCCUCAGCCCCACACCCCUAGUGCAGCCCAACUGCCUCCCCCAGCCGCACCCCAGCCAAACCAGCUUGGCCAGGGCCCAGGCUCAAACAAACCUCUUCAGCAGGCCAUGGGAGCAGGGUCCACCACUCCGUCGCAUCCUGGACUAGGCAACAAUUCCACGUCACAUGCUUCUCAGCUUCCACGCACUCCACUGUCCCAAAAGGGCUCUUUUCCACCUGAUAGCCAAGCUCAUACUCCAGCCUCCGUCAGUAGUUUGGACACUUCCUCGCAGCAACCACAGUCGGAUACCUCCACGACCAACAUGGACUCAAAGAUGGACAUCAAGCAGCAAGACGAAGAGGAUGAGAGCGACGCCGGCAGCUGUUCCAAAGGCGGCAAGCUCAGCAACCUGAAAACUGAAGAGAAGCCUGUGAAAUGUGAGCUAAAGGAGGACUGCUCUGACGAAGGCGGGAAGGGAGCGUCUAUGGACACAUCCACUCGCAUGUCCAUAUCGGCAGUGGUGAAGACCGAGGACCGGAAACCAGAAAUCAAGAAAGAGGUGAAGGAGGAGGAGGGCUCUACGGAGUCCUCACAGGCACCAUCCAAGAAAAAGAUAUUUAAGCCCGAGGAACUGAGGCAAGCUUUGAUGCCAACGCUGGAGUCUCUGUACAGACAAGACCCAGAGUCUCUGCCCUUUCGGAUGCCUGUCGACCCCCAGCUACUGUGUAUACCAGAUUAUUUUGACAUCGUGAAAACUCCUAUGGACUUGUCUACGAUAAAGAGGAAACUGGAUACAGGUCAGUACCAGGAUCCGUGGCAAUACGUGGAAGAUGUCUGGCUAAUGUUCAACAACGCCUGGCUCUACAACCGGAAAACGUCCAGGGUUUACAAGUACUGCUCCAAGCUCGCCGAGGUCUUUGAGCAGGAGAUCGACCCCGUGAUGGAGUCGCUUGGCUACUGCUGUGGGAGGAAGCUGGAGUUCUCUCCUCAGACGUUGUGCUGUUAUGGAAAGCAGCUAUGCACUAUUCCCAGAGAUGCUGCUUACUUUAGCUACCAGAACAGGUACCACUUCUGUGAGAAGUGCUUCAAUGAGAUCCAAGGAGAGACGGUUUCGCUCGGAGACGACCCCACACAACCUCAGACAUCGAUAAACAAGGAGCAGUUUGAGAAGAAGAAGAACGACACACUGGACCCUGAGCUGUUUGUUGAAUGUAUGGAUUGUGGACGGAGGAUGCACCAGAUCUGUGUUUUACAUAACGACACGAUCUGGCCAGCUGGUUUUGUAUGUGAAGGCUGCUUGAAGAAGGCCAAUAAGACGCGGAAAGAAAAUAAAUACUCAGCCAAAAGGUUGCCGCAGACAAAGCUCGGCUGCUACUUGGAGACGCGGAUAAACGACUAUUUGAAGCGACAAAGCCACCCAGAGGCCGGAGAAGUCAUCAUCCGGGUCGUCCAUGUGUCUGAUAAAGUGGUGGAAGUCAAACCAGGAAUGAAAUCGAGAUUUGUGGACAGUGGAGAGAUGUCGGAGUCCUUCCCCUACAGGACGAAAGCUCUCUUUGCGUUUGAGGACAUCGACGGGGCGGAAGUCUGUUUCUUUGGCAUGCACGUUCAGGAGUACGGAUCCGACUGCCCACAGCCCAACCAGAGGCGGGUAUACAUCUCUUAUCUGGACAGUGUGCACUUUUUCCGACCGCGAAGCCUAAGAACUGCAGUUUAUCACGAAAUUCUCAUUGGAUAUUUGGAAUACGUGAGGAGAAUUGGCUACACGACGGGCCACAUCUGGGCUUGUCCUCCGAGUGAAGGCGAUGACUACAUCUUCCACUGUCACCCUGCUGAUCAAAAGAUCCCCAAACCCAAGCGCCUUCAGGAGUGGUAUAAGAAGAUGCUGGACAAGGCUGUAGCAGAGAGAAUCGUGCACGACUACAAGGACAUCUUCAAACAAGCCACAGAGGAUCGCCUCACCAGCGCUAAAGAAUUGCCCUAUUUUGAGGGAGAUUUCUGGCCAAAUGUGUUGGAGGAGAGUAUUAAAGAGUUGGAGCAGGAGGAGGAGGAGCGAAAAAGAGAAGAGAACAGCACUUCCAACGAAAGCAUUGACGAUGUAAAGGGUGACAGUAAAAACGCCAAGAAGAAAAACAAUAAGAAGACGAGUAAGAACAAGAGCAGCCUGAGUCGAGUCAAUAAGAAGAAACCCGGGAUGCCCAAUGUCUCCAACGACCUGUCGCAGAAACUGUACGCCACGAUGGAGAAACACAAAGAGGUGUUCUUUGUGAUACGUCUCAUUGCGGGUCCGAUGGCGAAUGCCUUGCCCCCAAUUUCAGACUCUGAUCCCCUGAUGGCCUGUGACCUGAUGGAUGGCCGGGACGCGUUCCUCACGCUGGCUCGGGACAAACACCUGGAGUUUAGCUCUCUCAGGAGAUCUAAAUGGAGUACGAUGUGCAUGUUGGUGGAGCUGCAUAACCAAAGCCAAGAUCGUUUUGUAUACACUUGUAACGAAUGCAAGCAUCAUGUGGAGACUCGCUUCCACUGCACGGUCUGCGAGGAUUAUGACCUUUGCAUCACGUGUUACAACACCAAGGGCCACGUGCACAAGAUGGAGAAGCUCGGCCUCGGUUUGGACGAUGAAAGCAGUAACCAGGCAGCAGCCACCACUCAGAGCCCUGGGGAUUCUCGCCGCCUCAGUAUCCAGCGCUGCAUCCAGUCCCUGGUCCACGCCUGUCAGUGUCGGAACGCCAACUGCUCGCUCCCGUCCUGUCAGAAGAUGAAGCGUGUGGUGCAACACACUAAAGGCUGCAAGAGAAAAACCAACGGAGGCUGUCCCAUCUGCAAACAGCUCAUCGCCCUCUGCUGCUACCACGCCAAGCACUGUCAGGAAAACAAGUGCCCCGUCCCCUUCUGCCUCAACAUCAAGCACAAGCUGCGGCAGCAGCAGCUGCAGCACCGGCUGCAACAGGCGCAGAUGCUGCGGCGCAGGAUGGCCAGCAUGCAGAGAGUGGGACAGGCUGCCCCUGGAGGCCCUGGAGGGAACGGCCUGCCCUCCCCAGGACCUAACAACUGUGCUACAGGUCCUGGGACCCCAACAUCAGUCGGGACGCAACCCCCAACCCCACAGACGCCAACGCAGGGAAACAUGGGUCUGCCCCAACAGCAGAGCGUGGGCCUCGGGCCGAUGGGAACGCCGCAACAACAGGUGCCUCAGCCUGGCGGCCCUCACCCUCAGCAUCACAUGCACCAGUUUCCCAUGGGGGGGCCUGGAGGGGGGGCCAUGAUGACCGCUCCUCCGCAGCAGAUGGUUCCUGCUCUUCAGCAGCCCAAUGUCCCCCAGCACCAGCAGCACCCGGGGGCCCUGCCUCCAUACAGCGCCCGGUCCACAGGCGCCUCACCCAUGCACCAGUCCCUGGGUAAACCUGGAUUGGGACCUGUCACCCCCCCUCAGCAGCAGCCUUCACAAGGUCAGGGCCCCAUGCCCAUCCCUGGCCAACAGGGGCCUCCUCUGGCGGCUGUGGAGACGGCCCUCAAAAUCCAGCGCCUCGCAGAGACGCAGAGACAGAUGGCACAGAACAGGGGCCUGGGUCCAGGCUUGUUGCCCCCACACGGUCACCACCAGAACCCCCAGGCUCAGAUGGGCCUGUCGCACAUGGGUCCUCAAGGCAUGGCCCCCCAGGGACAGGCGGUGGGCAGGACCAUGAUGGACCAGCAGCCUGGGAUGAUGGGAGGCCCUCAAGGCCAGCUCCCUCUCCAAGUCCAGCAGCAGCUUCAACAGGUGCAGCAGGGAGGAGGGCAGCAGUGGGGGCCAGCAGGACCUAUGGCUGCGCAGCGGGCCCCAAUGCUCAGCCACAUGAGCGCGCAGCAGGCGGGGCCCCCACAGCAGCAGAUGAACCAGCAGCAGACUCGUGGGAUGAUGCAGGGAGCAGCAGCGGCUCUGGCUGGAGCAGGAGGUAACCUGCCUCAGGCUGCUCUGCAGGAGCUGCUCCGGACGCUACGGUCGCCCAGCUCCCCCCUGCAGCAGCAGCAGGUGCUCAACAUCCUGCGCUCCAACCCCACCCUCAUGGCGGCCUUCAUCAGGCAGAGGGCGGCACGCUACCAGGGGGGAAACGGACCAGCGCAGGGGGGAGCAGGCAGGUUCCCCGGCCCUGGUGUGAGCGGGCCUGGGGCCAACCAGCUCCCCAACAUGGAGGGUCAGCAGCAGAUGGGGGCCCAGCCUGGGAUCAACAUGAACCAAGGGGCCCCUGGGGCCAGCAUGACCACCAUGGCCCAGCUGCAGCAGCUGCAACAGCAGCAGCAGCAGCAGAGGCCAAUGAUGCCUUCAAACCUGCAGCAGCAACAGCUCGCCGCCUUGCAGCAGCAGCAGCAGCAGCAGCAACAACAGCAGCAGCAGCAGCAACAGCAGCAGCAGCAGCAACAGCAGCAGCAGCAACAGCAGCAGCAGCAGCAGCAGGGGGCAAUGGUGGGCCAGCCGGGCCAGCAGGGAAACAUGGCCAACCUGAACCCUCAGUUUAGAGAGCUGCUGAUGCGGAGACAGAUUCAACAACAACAACAACAGCAGCAGCAGCAGCAGCAGCAGCAGCAGCAGCAACAACAACAACAACAACAACAACAACAACAGCAGCAGAUGAGCCAGGGACAGUUCCAACAGCAGGCCCAGCAGGGAUUCAUUCAGAGCCAGGGUCAGCCAGGGAUGCCCCCCUCCUCCCAACCUCAGCCUGGAGCCCAGCAGCAGCCAGGGGGACCACAGGGGCCCGGCCCAGGGCAGGGCUACCAGGGGGCCUCCUCUCAGGUGGCAGCGGCCCUGCAGCAGAGACUUCAGCAACAAAUGCACCUCCAGCAGCAGCAGCAACAACAACAACAACAGCAGCAGCAGCAACAGCAGCAGCAGCAACAACAGCAGCAGCAGCAGCAGCAGCAGCAGAACGCCAUGGCUGGGAUGCCAGGGCCGGAUGGAGGUCUUGGAGGGGGGCCGGGAGGCCCUGGUCCAGGAGCACAAAGCCAAGCGCAGCAGCAGCCUGGUGUGGGAGGGGGGCCUCUGGGACAGAACCAGUCCAUGCUGCACCAGAACAUUCAUCAGAGGCUCCUGCAGCAGCAGCAGCACCUGACAGCAGGCUCCCCCGCGCAGCACAGCAGCCCCCUCAGUCCACAGCAGCAGCUGGCCCCAUCGCCCCACCUGCAGGGUCAGGGGGGGCUGGGGGCCUCGCUCAGCAGCCAGGUCAGGUCCCCUCAGCCGUCCCCUCGGCCUCAGUCCCAGCCCCCUCACUCCAGCCCGUCCCCGCGCCUGCAGCCUCAGCCCUCCCCUCACAGAAUCUCCCCACAGACUCAGAGUGGCUCCCCCCACCCCUCGCACCUGAACCAGCACCACGCCAUGGCCCCCCCGCAGCCCCCACAGCCGCCGCAGCCCCCCGGCUCCAUAGACCCGGCCCAGUUUACACCUGAACAGAACUCGAUCAUGUCCCAGCUGAGCGGGCUGCACGGCGGGCAGGGGGGGGCGGCGGACAUGUUGGGGGGCAGCAGUAAUGGGACGGGCAACAACAACCAGGACCAUGGGACGAACUUGAACCAUGGUCUGGACCUGAUGUAG